AUGUUUAGAAUAGCUAAAAACCUCGUACGGACUUUUGAGCAGAGCGUGCAAGAUACCCUGGCACUCUCGCAGGACUCGAGCAAUCUGGACGCUUUCUUUCAGUCUAUACCACCAAAUUUGUUGUCUGCUCAGUUGGAAUCACCCGUAGAUGCGGUUUCUGAAGGUGUUAAGCACACCAACGUCAAUGAAACGCUUUCCGGUCUCCGCAUUGUUUGGGUGGACGAGAUGCAGUUCCAACUGCAGUCCUUUUUCGACUAUAUAGUAGGUUUCAAUGAUGAUCCGGUGCCGGUGGUCAGUAAUCAACACGGAUUUUCGUACCCAGAUUACCGUCGUAUCACAUCCAUCUUCAAUGAACACUGUGGCCGAACUUUGAAGGUCAACAUAUGGUCAGCUAAAGGAGGCACGUUCAGAGACGAGUAUAUCAGCAUUAUAUCGAAGGAGAGCGACGAUUUGGACGAUGUUUCUCUAAACCAUGACGAGAGGAGGCCAUCUAGUGGGGAAGCGCACCAGUUCCAAGCACUCGGGUUCAAAGUCCAAUGGACGCCUUUGAUAGCUUCCACUUUCACAUACCAUAUCCUGAACGUGAACAUCCCAGAUGGACCCGCCCAAUCGGCAGGGCUCAUCCCAGAUGAAGACUACAUUAUCGGCUGCCAAGAUGGCCUGUUGGCCACGGGAGGGGAGACGCUUUUACAAGAUAUUGUUAGAUCAAGAGCAAACUACGAUCUGGUCCUUUAUGUCUACAACAAAGUUUCUGACUGUGUGAGACCAAUCACAGUUCAUAUAGGUCCCGACGGCAGGUUGGGUUGCAACGUUGGAUACGGGUUUCUUCACAGGAUUCCAACAGUAAAGCACUGUCCACAACAAGCACAGCAGCAGGGGCAAGAUGACAACCCUGUUCCUGUUCCUGUUCCAGUAGAAUCUGAGACGGCUUUUGUGCCAUCAGCAUUCACAGCACCACCGGUGCCAACAAAGAAGAAAUCAAAAAAUAAAAAGGGUACCCAGCCAUUGGCAAUGGAUGACUAUUUUAAUGAAGGCAGAGAUAAGUCAUCUACCGCUGCGAAGUCAGCAGAAUCUGACAUCCUCGCCCCACCACCACAAAAACAGUCAUCCUCUGAUUAA